GCAGUUGUGCUACCUGGGUGAAGGUUUUGAAUUGUUCUGAACUGUUCUGGUGUGGCAGCUCGUAGGGAUUGGGCGGAUGGAUGGGUGAGGAUGGGUGAAGACUUCGUGGUGGAUGGGUGGGUGGAUGUGCUUGCUCUUGGAUUUGUCACAUCAUCCUGGGGAUUUUGCAGCCUUCUAUGGCAUCAAGCUGCUCUGGUGCCUGGAGCUUCCUGCUAGGAGCAAUGGCGCAGGCCCACGAGACGUCAUUGAAGCGAGAAAAGACCACAAAGGACCGGGCCCACAAAGAGAAGCUGGAACACUUCACAAGGAUUGCUGGAAUUAUGAAGGUGAACCCAUCAGAACUGAAGUUGAGGUUGCGGGAAGCAGACGACACCGACAUGAAGGUGCAUCAUGAGGCACUCACGGAGACGCAAGACGAGGUGGAGGACCACUUGGAGUUCAUUACGUCCCUGCAGCUUCUCAACCAGGCAAUGAGAGGUCGUGAGCUGCAGAAGUGGAAAGCCCAGGAGUCAGUAAUGCAGAUGUUUGCCACAAGAUGUUUGAGCACAAUUUAUGCUUGGAUGAUCUCUGCGUUCUGGUUUGAAAUCCUCAAGAGAGUGAUCAUCGCCAUGGACCCGGAAUUGGCAGGGGAUGAUAUAUCAGAGACCUUGAAGGAUUGGAGAGCUUUCGUGGGAUACCUUAUUUAUGCUGUGCUUGCCUGGCUGUUGGUUCCCAUUAUCCAAUGGAAGAUUCGUGAGUUUGAUGACAAGGAGGACAAGUAUAGCCGCCUCCAUGCCGCCGUAGAUUUGCAAGCCAAAGCAAUGCCGAUGGUUUUGGCUUGGGCCUUCAAAGAUGUGGUGCAGUACUUUCUGCAAUGGACUGAUCAGGUCCUUUGGGACGAGAUCGUGGUGAGCAUUGUAGUGGUGCUCUUCGUGACAGCAGCCACUCACUGUCCACCUGUGAAGAGGGCCAAAAAGCAGGUGUCCAGCAAAGAAGGUGAUUGGAACACCCUGAAGAAUCGAUAUUUGAAUUUACCCUCCAACAUGCUGCUGGGUGCCGGAUAUUCCAUCAAUCAGGUUGCCUCCUUUUGCGUGAAGUGGUUGUCGCAGAACGUGCUGUCCAAUUUGCCUACAAUUGCUUCAUCAGUGUUGCAGUUGGUGUUCCAGCUCAUCUACUUUGCAGGGAUGUCACAUGCAGUUCUGAGGCUCGAUGCGCAUUAUCAACGGAAGAAGAGCCAACGGGCUAAGUUGAUUGAGGAGUAUGAAAAUGAUCACGAGUUGACCGCGCAUGAAGUGAGCCGCUUCGAAAUGGAACUCAAGAUGGCCAGCAACUUGGGCGACACCUUGACUCACUCCCUGGCAUUUGUUUAUGGCUGGGGCAUCAGUGAUACCUUGAAUGUGCUCUACUACGCCUUUUUCAUGGGCUGCGAAACCUACACAAAGUGUACCUAUCAAGAGGUUUGGUACUAUGCGAUUGUCGUCACCGGUGUCCUCGGAUACUAUAUUCGGACCUUGAGUCAGCAGCAGUACCGGAGCACUGCGAGCAGAUCUUAUCGGACUUUGAUGAUUACAGCGAUGUCCUUGACGGUGGGAUGGGCCUGGAUGAACGUUUGCCAGCGUACCACCGACACCUUUGUCGAUGCAUGGAACGAGGUGCGGCCCAGCAUUUGGACAAAACCCUUGUCCUAUUUGUUCAUGCUGAUCUUCGUGUACAUUUUGAUGGUUGAGAUCUAUUUCCAGAUGCUUGACGAGUUGCGCUUCAUCAAACGGGAACGAGACGAGUUUCACGAGGCGUACCCAACCAUUCCAGACAAAGAGGAACGUUCCACCAUCCGCAACUUGAUGGAAAGCGGUGGCCAAAGCAUGAUGGCUGACGCUGAAGUUCUUCCAGAGCGAGGCGAGCAGUCCACGGCGCCCAGCGACUCACCGGAGCGAUCGCCUCCAAUGAAUGCUGCAGAGCGGGGCGUUUAGGAACGGUGCCUGGCAGGCACUUCCAGCCGGCCUCGCGACGCGCGCGCCCUGGAUGAUGGUUGCUGGUGUCUACAUCAUUUGGAGCUGUCCAGCCAGCCAUGAGGGCAGUGUGAGAUAGGAGUUGGAAGUCUGAACAUAUGCAACUUGCAAAACUUGCAACAGGGC